ACCUUUCAAAUCUCUCUUCUAUUAACCUAAAGCUAAACAAAAAGCUUCACUUUUCACAUGGCACAACUCAACCUCACCUUUUUGCUUGUGAUCUUCCUCUCUUUCUUCUUCUCAUUUCUUGCAGCCCCAGUUGAGCCAUCAUCAUUGACAAGUCACAGAAACCCUAACCCUAAAACAAUGACCUACAUAGAGUCCUCUUGCAAAGGCACCCUCUACCCUAAUCUCUGCGUCCGUUGUCUUUCCCAAUAUGCAAAAUCCCCCUUGAAUGGCCCACAACACUUGGCACAGUAUGCCCUAUCAGUGAGCCUCUCUAGGGCACUGCACACAAAAGGGUACCUUCUGGAAGUGGCAAAGGAGCUCCAAGCCAUCAAGAGCAACAAAAGAGAGUACCUAACAGUGCAAGAUUGUGUGAACCAGAUCAGUGAUAGUGUGGAACAAAUUAGCCAAGCCAUGAAAGAACUUCGUAGCUUCAACAAACAGGACUCAAGCAUGAAUGAUAACAUGUUGUGGCACAUAAGCAAUGUUGAGACAUGGAUGAGCACAGCUUUGACAGAUGCUAGUAGUUGUGUGUACUCUUUUCCUGGGAAUAGAAUGAGUAAGAGAGUGGCUGCUAUUAAGGUUAAGGCCAAGAAUGUUGCAGAAGUUACAAGUAAUGCUCUUUUCUUGUUCCAUAGAUAUGCAUCUACAUACCAGAAAGCAGCAACUAAAAUCAGCAAGAAGCCCUAGAAGCUAAUGAUCACAGGCUAUUACCCUCCACUGUUUGUUCAUGUACAUGUUUUUUCUUUGGAUGGGUUAUCAUCCUUAUUAAAUUUUAUGUAAUUAAUCUACACUAUUAUAUCAUCUA